AGGGUGGAGUCGAGCGCGGAUUUGGGGCUGGCUGAGAGAAAGGGCCCGCGUCAGGGGCGAAAUCUCCCCGACCAUGACCUCCACUGGCCCGGAGCACAACAUCACCAGGUCCCGAAGGAUUAGACAGACCCCUCAGCCACCCCCUCAUGACUCCAGCGGCACCCCGAAACGAAAUGUUAAGAAGGGUGCUGUGCCUCGCUGCAGUCCUAAUCUGCUGGAAAUCAAGAAAAGAGGCAAAAUGAAGAAACUCAGCCAGGCAGCGGAAGACUACCUGAUUGCUGGGCUACAAGACCUGGAUUUGGACUCCGAUACCAGGAUACCAACUGGCACCGGCUUAGUGUUUGAUGAACAGCUAAACGAGUUCCACUGUCUCUGGGAUGACAGUUUUCCAGAAAGCCCUGAGCGGCUCCAUGCCAUCAAGGAACAGCUAAUUCAGGAAGGUCUCCUGGACCGCUGUGUGUCAUUUCAGGCCCGGUUUGCUGAAAAGGAUGAGCUGAUGUUGGUUCACAGCCCAGAAUUCAUUGAGCUGAUGGAAUCAACUCAGCACAUGAAAGAAAGUGAACUCCGUGUCCUAGCAGAUACCUAUGACUCUGUUUAUCUGCAUCCGAACUCCUACUCCUGUGCCUGCCUGGCUUCAGGCUCCGUCCUCAGGCUUGUGGACGCAGUCUUGGCUUCUGAGAUUCGGAAUGGCAUGGCCAUCAUCAGGCCCCCCGGACACCAUGCCCAGCACAGUCUAAUGGAUGGAUAUUGCAUGUUCAAUCACAUUGCGGUGGCUGCUCGUUAUGCCCAACAAAAACAUGGCGUACACAGAGUCCUCAUUGUGGACUGGGACGUACACCAUGGUCAAGGAACACAGUUCAUGUUUGAUCAGGACCCCAGUGUUCUGUAUUUCUCCAUUCAUCGCUACGAGCAAGGUCGAUUCUGGCCCCAUCUUCCAGCCGCUAACUGGUCCACCAUAGGUUUCGGCCAAGGCCAAGGAUACACCAUCAAUGUGCCUUGGAACCAGGUUGGCAUGCGUGAUGCUGACUACAUUGCUGCUUUUCUGCAUAUCCUGCUGCCAGUCGCCUUUGAGUUCCGACCUCAGCUGGUCCUUGUUGCAGCUGGAUUUGAUGCUCUCCUAGGGGAUCCCAAGGGCGAGAUGGCCGCCACCCCAGCUGGGUUUGCCCAGCUAACUCAUCUGCUUAUGGGUCUGGCAGGAGGCAGGCUGAUCCUCUCUCUGGAGGGUGGCUAUAAUCUCCGUUCCCUGGCUGAGGGUGUCAGCGCCUCGCUCCACACUUUGCUGGGAGACCCUUGCCCCAUGCUGGUGUCCCCUGGUAUUCCCUGCCGAAGUGCCCAGAAUUCACUCUCCUGUACUCUGGGAGCCAUUGAGCCUUUCUGGGAAUUUCUUCUGAGACCAGUUGAGAUCAUCGAGGAGGACAUCAUGGAAGAGGACAGCAUGGAGGAGAGUGAGGAAUCUGAACUCUGGGAGCCACCUGUGUUGCCAAUGCUGACAUGGCCAGUGCUGCCGGCUCGCACAGGGCUGAUCUAUGACCAGCGAAUGAUGAGUCACUGCAACUUAUGGGACAACCACCAUCCAGAGACACCCCAACGUAUCUUGCGGAUCAUGUGCCAUCUGGAGGAGCUGGGUCUUGCUGGACGCUGUCUCAUCCUGCCUGCGCGUCCCGCCACAGAUGUUGAACUGCUCACCUGCCACAGUGCUGAGUACGUGGAGCGCAUUCGAGCCACAGAGAGUAUGAAGACCCGUGAACUGCAUCGUGAGGGUGCCAAUUUUGACUCCAUCUACAUCUGCCCCAACACCUUCAGCUGUGCACAGCUUGCCACUGGCACCGUCUGUCGCCUCGUGGAGGCUGUGAUGGAAGGAGAGGUUUUGAAUGGUGUUGCGCUGGUGCGCCCCCCAGGACACCAUGCCGAGCGAAAUGCUGCAUGUGGUUUCUGCUUUUUUAACUCCGUGGCUGUGGCUGCUCGCCAUGCCCAGGCCAUCAGUGGGCGUGCCCUGCGGAUCUUGAUUGUGGACUGGGACAUCCAUCAUGGUAAUGGAACUCAGCACAUUUUUGAGAAUGAUCCCAGUGUGCUCUACAUAUCCCUGCACCGUUAUGAUCAAGGCUCUUUCUUCCCCGUGGGGGAUGAGGGCUCCUGCAACCGCAUAGGCAGGGGUGCAGGCACAGGCUUCACUGUCAACGUGGGCUGGAAUACCUCCCGCAUAGGGGAUUCUGACUACCUGAUGGCCUGGCAUCGUCUGGUGCUUCCCAUUGCAUAUGAGUUUAACCCAGAACUGGUACUGGUCUCAGCUGGCUUUGACGCUGCACGAGGGGACCCACUGGGGGGCUGCCAUGUAUCACCUGAGUGUUACGCACAUCUCACCCACCAGCUGAUGGGCCUUGCCGGUGGCCGCAUUAUCCUUGUGCUAGAGGGUGGCUACAACCUAACCUCCAUCUCAGAGUCUAUGGCUGCCUGCACCCGCUCCCUUCUCGGAGACCCACUGCCAGUGCUGGCCCUGUCACGGGCCCCACAGCUGAGCGCCCUGACCUCAGUCACUGAAACCAUCCAGGCCCAUCGCAAAUAUUGGCGUAGCUUAUGGAUCACAAAGAUAGAAGACAAGGAGGGAAUGUACAGUUUUAAAUCAGCUACUAAGAAGGCAUCUAAGCCAACUAAACCAACUAGACCAAUUAAUCCUGCACCAGUUGAGAGGAUGACCCCAGCAGUAAAGAAGCUUCUGGAAGCAGGCAUGGGAAGGGCGACCUCAUCACUGUCUGCAGUGAAGUCCAUUCCAGCCCAGACUGAAUCAAAGACAUCUGUGAUGAGCACUGAGGCCCAGGCCUCACAAGCAGCCACAGGGUUAGCCACGCUGUACCAGACCACCUCAGAAGCAACCAUGGGAGGAGCGAUGAUGGAACAGACCACCUGGGAAUCAGCCACAGGGGUAGCUACACCAGACCAGACCACCUCAGAGGAGGCUGUGGGAGGAGCCUUACUGGACCAGACCACCUCAGAGGUUUCCAUGGGGGAAACCAUAUUGGACAAGAUCAUUUCAGAGGAGGUUGUGAAAGAAGACAAGCUGAAACAGACCACCUCAGAGGAGGCUGUGGGGGCAGCCAAGCUGAUCCAAACUCCUCUAGGCUCCAGCACAGAUAAGCAGACUCCCCCAACCUCACCUGUGCCAGGAGCCACACCCCAGCUAUCUCCCAGCCAGCUGGCUGGGAGCCUCAGGACUCUGGAACUAGGCAGUGAACCUCAGAAAACCUCAGAACCUCAGCCUCCAGAAGAGGAGGGCCUACUAGCAGAGGCAGCUGGAGGUCGGGAUGUGGAUGAUGCGAAACUGAUGCAGGGAGCCGGGGGCCUUGCUGAAACUAACCAGGCUAUGUUUUAUGCUGUGACACCAAUGUCCUGGUGUCCCCAUUUGGUGGCAGUGUCCCCCAUACCCGCAUCAGGCCUGGAUGUGACUCAAAAAUGUCAGGACUGUGGAACACCCAAGGAAAACUGGGUGUGCUUAUCUUGCUAUAAGGUCUACUGCAGUCGCUUCAUCAAUGCUCAUAUGGUCCAACACCAUGAAGCCUCUGGACAUCCGCUGGUUCUCAGCUACGUCGACCUGUCGGUCUGGUGUUAUCCGUGCCAGGCCUAUGUCCACCACCAGGCGCUCCUAGAUGUGAAGAACACCGUCCACCAGAACAAGUUUGGGGUGGACAUACCCCAUCCACAUUAGACCCCGAAUGUGCUCCCUCUUCUCCACCUGAGGCCCGAAAGACACCAGCCUUGUUCAUUCCAAUCUCUGCCUUGGAUGAGGGGCCUCUCAUUGCAUCUCUACCAAAAUAUCCUUUGCAACUCCUAAAGGGUGCUUAUUUAAGUGUAUAUACUUCUCAGAGGACUACGACGAUCAGUUGUGGAUUUUCCCCCUGUCCACUACCUGAGCAAGGGACAAACACUACUACACCCCUUGAAGAAAAGGGGAGCUCUGUAGUCCCAAAGGGGAGCUGCUAUCACAAGGCUAACAUGGGAAGAAGUGGGGAGCAACUGGCAGGUGUGGGGUAACAUCUAUAAUAAAUGCAAGCUGUUACAAA